AGGUGCAAUUAUUGGAAUGACUUCGGUUGCGUAAGUGCACCCCGUCCCUGGAGGACUCCACAUGAACGACAGCUUAUGCCCCGCUGACGUCACGAAAGGCAGUACAGUAAGAGAUGCUGCCGGCGGACGAACCGCUGCCCAGCGCAGCGCGGCUGGCGGAGGCGCUCGUGCUGCUCGUGAUCUGUGUGAGCGUGGUGGCGGCCAAUGUGCUCGUGAUCGCCACGCUGCUGCAUAGCACGCGCCAAGUGCUCGACUACUACCUGCUCUCGCUGGCCGUGGCAGACCUGCUGUGCGGGGUGCUCGUGGUGCCGCUGUCGGUGUACCCGGCCAUCGUCCAGGACUGGGUCUACGGGGACUUCGUGUGCCGCCUCAGUGGCUACGUGGCCCUGACCCUCUGGAGCGUCUCCAUCUACAGCUUCAUGUGGCUCUCCGUAGACAGAUACCUGGCAAUACGCAAGCCACUUAGGUACGACGCCAUCCAGACGCGGACACGGUGCCAGUGCUGGAUGCUGUUCACGUGGAUGACGUCCAUGUUCAUGUACUGCCCGCCGCUGUUCGGCUUCUCUAGCGGACACUUCUACCGGGACGCGUACAUCUGCAUGCUGGACCUUUCCAGCAUCCUUCCUUACACGCUCACACUGGCGCUGUUGGUCCUGCUGCCCAGCGUGCUCACCGUCAUGUACACCUACUACUUCAUCUUCAACACGAUGCGCAAAAUGCGCCGGUGCCUCAGCAAGGAGGAAAAAGAGUACGCCACCGCCAUUGGCGAGCACCUGUCAAAUCCCGACCACGUGAUGUCCUUCGUCAUCAUCGUGCUGUUUUGGGUCUCGUGGAUGCCGUGGAUAGGCCUACAGGUCUACGAAAAAGUCGGUGGCGUCAAACUCAGGUUUCACGCGUUACAUUUCGGCCUUCUCUGGCUGGGCGUCCUGGACUGCUUGUGGAAGCCGCUCAUCUACGUGGCCAUGAGCCCGAAAUUCCGGCUAGGCGUGCAGCUGCUGUUCGUGUCCGUGUGCUGUCGCCAUAAGGCGCCCCAGCAACUCGUGGUUUAGCCACAUUUACGGUGCACGGAGUGUUCUUGACGCACGCUCUCCGCCAAGCACGUCCAACUGCUUGGCAUUUUCCCACUGCGCGUUUUCUUGUGUUAUUGGAGUACUUUGUAAAAUGCGAUGGAAAAAGAUGGCUCAGCAAUUACCGCUGACUCGGCGUUACCUUUUGUUAGCAUAUCUGUUUAAGUCAACCUCGGAAAUGUUGCUGCUACAGUUAUUUAGAAAAAGAUUAAAAUGUACCUCACCAGACAGUUACAUUCUCUAACUUUUGAGAAAUCGUUGCACGUUGAGCGCUUUGUCCAAUCCGGAAUAUCAAGAAAUGCCUACAUAUUUGCGCUCAUCAUUUCCUUCUGACUCUGCGCCUUUAGAAGUGUCGCAAAGCAUUGUAAAAGCUUGAUGUAAAAGCGAACGUUUCUAAGCUCAUUUGAAUGAUGGUUCGAGCUGCUUUGUAGUAUUUGAAAACAUCCCGCUGAACAAAGACGUGGCGGGAGGGGAAACAAAAAGUGCGCUAUUUAUUAUCACAGGCAAUUUGUUAAAUCAUUCACGAGACAUUCAUGGGCAGAUAUAGACACAAAAUGUAGGGUCGUGGGUUUAGCUAUAGGCGAUGCAGCUUUCUGCGCCGGCUGGACACACACAUAAGCGAGCGAAUGCAACAGCUGUAUUCGCGAUGCCCCGCGGGACACAUGAAAACAGUGCCUGCCGAAGUAGCAAGUGCGUGCAUUAAAAAAAGCAGACGAGCUCCGACGUGGGGAGGAUAUCGUCACAGAAUGUGAGCAUCUUCGUCGGUACCGACCUUUCUUCCUCGACAUAACCUAAG